UACAUGCUUCCAUUAGGUCAGAUUAUCUCAGGGCACAACGUGAGCUACCACAGCUAUGCUGAUGACACACAGCUGUAUUUAUCAAUAGCACCUGAUGACCCCAAAUCUUUUGAUUCGCUAACACAAUGUCUAACUUGUAUCUCAGAAUGGAUGAAUAGUAACUUUCUCAAAUUAAAUAAAGAAAAAACCGAAAUCUUAGUGAUUGGCAAUAAUGGAUACAAUGAGGCUAUUAGAAAUAAACUGGAUGCAUUAGGAUUAAAAGUCAAAUCGGAGGUAAAAAGCUUAGGGGUAACCGUUGAUUGUAAUCUGAAUUUUAAAUCGCAUAUUAAUCAGAUCACUAGGACAGCAUUUUUUCACCUAAGAAACAUAGCAAAAGUUAGACCCAUAUCAUCGAAAGAUGCAGAGAAAUUAGUUCAUGCGUUUGUUUUCAGUCGGCUAGAUUACUGUAACGCACUCCUCUCAGGACUACCCAAAAAAGACAUCAAUCGUUUGCAACUAGUGCAGAAUGCAGCUGCUAGAAUCCUUACCAGGAAAAGAAAAUCCGAACACAUUUCUCCAGUUUUGAUGUCACUACACUGGUUACCUGUGUCAUUCAGAAUUGACUUUAAAAUUCUGCUUAUCUAUAAUAAUAAAAGGCAAAGCCCUCACUGA